AAUGUUCAUGAUUCAUCAAAAUGGGCAUGGCAACAUUGCUGGAUAUUUGACAUUUGUUUGGCAUAUUUGUUAUUUGUAAAUAAAUUUUACUCCUGAGAAAAGCGGUACAACAGUCCAAGAACCAUAUUUGAAAUGACUCUGGAAGCAAUUCCCAAAGACUUAAGAGGUCUUCGUGCCUGUCUGGUGUGCUCUUUGAUAAAGUCCUUUGAUCAGUUUGAAAAUGAUGGAUGCGAUAACUGUGAUGAGUUCUUGAGAAUGAAGAACAAUAGCGACAAUGUUUAUGACUGCACCAGUUCAAACUUCGACGGGAUGAUUUCUAUGAUAACCCCUGAAGACAGCUGGGUAGCCAAGUGGCAAAGAGUUAAUCGUUUUUGCAGAGGUGUGUACGCAAUUUCUGUUUCGGGUCGCCUUCCAAAUAGUGUUGUUAGAGAACUGAAGAGCCGUGGCCUCGUCUAUAGAAGCAGAGACACCAGCCAGAGAUAAAUCUAUUAUACAUGGUGUCAAUUUCCAAACAAACUACCCUUGAUAUUUCGGCCCCAAUAGAAAAUCUAAAAAAUAUUCAAAAAUAUGUCAAAAUUAUUUUCAAGGGUUAUAUGUUCUAGCAACUUUCAGCUUUCACCUUUCACUUCCAUUGGAGAAGGGGGUUGAUCGAUAUGUCAUUUUAAAGGUCAUUUAGCUACGCACUUAGGCCACAUGUGACCCAUUGCCAUUGUGACCCAUCCUCCCGA